GCGAGUUCUUGACUUUAUUACGAUCAUGCCCCUAGGAACUCUUCACUCUCGCUGUUCACUAGUGCUGAGCAGCAUGGCAUCGCUCUCGCCGGCACCCGGCCCGAAGACCCGCUCCGUCGAAGACAUCUUCAAAGACUACUCCGGCCGCCGCACCGCCGUUCUCCGCGCUCUCACUCGAGAUGUGGAUGAGUUUUUCUUAAUGUGCGAUCCAGAGAAAGGGAGUUUGUGUUUGUACGGACUCCCCAACGAAUCGUGGGAGGUGGAUUUCCCGGUGGAGGAGAUCCCGCCGGAGAUUCCGGAGCCGGUGAUGGGGAUCAAUUUUGCGAGGGACGAGAUGGUCAAGAGGGAUUGGCUCGGAUUGUUGGCUAAGCACUGCGAUUCGUGGUUGAUGGCGGUGGCUUUCUAUUUCGGUGCCAGGCUCAAUCAAAGUGAAAGAGAGCAUUUGUUUGACCUGAUAAAUGAUCAACCCACCAUCUGUGAAGUCUUGAAAGAGAAGAAACCUGUAAAGCGGAAAUGCAAUGCUAAUAUUGGUAGCAAAUCCAAAACUAAUUUCAAGAGAAACAAACAAGGGAAGGGAACUCCAAGGAUGCAAGAUAGCCAUGAUGAGGAUAAAGAUGAACAGGUUUGCAGGAUCUGUGUAGCCAAUGACAAGGAGAAUGAGUUCUGGGUGUGCUGUGCCCUAUGUCAAGGGUGGUUCCAUGGCAAGUGUGUGAAACUUACGCCAGCCAAGGCCAAAGGUAUGAAAAAAUACAAAUGCUCCUUAUGCAGAAGUAAAAAGGCAAAGGGAAAUGCAAAGAUGCAUGAGAGCCAUGGAGAGAAUAAAGGUGAAGAUGAAGACAAAGCAAGCAGAACUAUUUGUGGGAUCUGUGCGGAAAAUUACAAUGAUAAUGAGUUUUGGCUUGUCUGUCAUUUAUGCGAAGGGCGGUUUCAUGGCAAGUGUGUGAAAAUUAAACCCUCCAAUGCCAGAAAAAUGAAAGAAUACGUAUGUGGUUUUUGCAGCAACAAAGCAGUAAAGGGGAACGCAACUAUGCAAGAAAGUCAUAGAGUGAAAAAAGAUGAAAGGGAAAAGGGAAAUGCAACAAUGCAAGAGAGCCAUGGAGAGGAUAAAGAUGAAGACAUGGAUGAUUCUGUAGGAAAUGCUACUUGUGGGAUCUGUGGGGCAAAUGAAAAGGAGAGUGAAUUCUGGAUGCACUGUGACUUUUGCGAUGGAAGAUUCCAUGGCAAGUGUGUGAAACUUACACCAGCCAAGGCUGAAUGUAUCAAAAACUACAAAUGCCCCUCUUGCAAAAAUAAAACAGAAAAGGGAAAUGCAACGGUGAAAUGCCAUGGAGAGGAGAAUGAUAAAGACAAGGAUGAUAAAAGCAAUACUAUUUGUGGAACGUGUGCAGAAAAUUACAAUGCUAAUGAGUUCUGGAUUGUCUGUGACUUAUGUAAGGGUUGGUUUCAUGGCAAGUGUGUCAAAGUUACACCAGCCAAGGCCAAAAGAAUGAAGGAAUUCAAAUGUGGUUUUUGCAGCAACGGAAGGGGAACGACAAUUGCAAGAAUGCAAGACUCAUAGAGAGCGUAAAGAUGAAAGGGAAAAAGGUAAAAGGGAAAUGCAACAACACAAAAGAGACAGCAAAGUUCGUGGAUCUGCCCAGUACAUUGCAAUGACAAGGAGUUCUUAGUUAAUUAACAAUAUAUAUAUAUAUUUUAUAAGCUGUAGUGGCUUUGAUACC